GCAUUCUGGGAAAGGUCUAUUUCCGUUAGGUGCUGGAGGCAGUGGCGCGCGGCUGUCCCCAUUCCCACGUGAAGCGCUACGCGAGCAUCGCUCGACUGGCGGCUCCCAGCUCGCAGCUGAGCAGUCCCGGCAGCAGCGGGGGACCGGAAGUGGCUCGCGGAGGCUCAGAAGCCAGUCCCGGAGUCCGGCGUGUGGCGCCUGGGAGCGCGGCAACGGCGCCAUGUCCCUAAUCUGCUCCAUCUCUAAUGAAGUGCCGGAGCACCCAUGUGUGUCCCCUGUCUCUAAUCAUGUUUAUGAGCGGCGGCUCAUUGAGAAGUACAUUGCAGAGAAUGGUACCGACCCCAUCAACAACCAGCCUCUCUCCGAGGAGCAGCUCAUCGACAUCAAAGUUGCUCACCCCAUCCGGCCCAAGCCUCCCUCAGCCACCAGCAUCCCGGCCAUUCUGAAAGCCUUGCAGGAUGAGUGGGAUGCAGUCAUGCUGCACAGCUUCACUCUGCGCCAGCAGCUGCAGACAACCCGCCAAGAGUUGUCGCACGCUCUGUACCAGCACGAUGCCGCCUGCCGUGUCAUUGCCCGUCUCACCAAGGAAGUCACUGCUGCCCGAGAAGCUCUGGCUACCCUGAAACCACAGGCUGGUCUCAUUGUGCCCCAGGCUGUGCCAAGUUCCCAACCAAGUGUUGUAGGUGCGGGCGAGCCAAUGGAUUUGGGUGAGCUGGUGGGAAUGACCCCAGAGAUUAUUCAGAAGCUUCAAGACAAAGCCACUGUGCUAACCACGGAGCGCAAGAAGAGAGGGAAGACUGUGCCUGAGGAGCUGGUGAAGCCAGAAGAGCUCAGCAAAUACCGGCAGGUGGCGUCCCACGUGGGGUUGCACAGUGCCAGCAUUCCUGGGAUCCUGGCCCUGGACCUCUGCCCGUCUGACACUAACAAGAUCCUCACUGGUGGGGCAGAUAAAAAUGUCGUUGUGUUUGACAAAAGUUCGGAACAAAUCCUGGCUACCCUCAAAGGCCAUACCAAGAAGGUCACCAGCGUGGUGUUUCACCCUUCCCAGGACCUGGUGUUUUCUGCUUCCCCCGAUGCCACUAUCAGGAUUUGGUCGGUCCCCAAUGCCUCUUGUGUACAGGUGGUUCGGGCCCAUGAGAGUGCUGUGACAGGCCUCAGCCUGCACGCCACUGGUGACUAUCUCCUGAGCUCCUCCGAUGAUCAGUACUGGGCUUUCUCUGACAUCCAGACAGGGCGUGUGCUCACCAAGGUGACAGAUGAGACCUCUGGCUGCUCUCUCACCUGUGCACAGUUCCACCCUGAUGGACUCAUCUUUGGCACAGGAACCAUGGACUCUCAGAUCAAGAUCUGGGACUUGAAGGAACGUACUAAUGUGGCCAACUUCCCUGGCCACUCGGGCCCCAUCACUAGCAUCGCCUUCUCUGAGAAUGGUUACUACCUGGCUACAGCGGCUGAUGACUCCUCUGUCAAGCUAUGGGAUCUGCGCAAGCUUAAGAACUUUAAGACAUUGCAGCUGGAUAACAACUUCGAGGUAAAGUCACUGAUCUUCGACCAGAGUGGUACCUACCUAGCCCUUGGGGGCACGGAUGUCCAGAUCUACAUCUGCAAACAAUGGACGGAGAUUCUUCACUUUACAGAGCAUAGCGGCCUGACCACAGGGGUGGCCUUCGGGCAUCACGCCAAGUUCAUCGCUUCAACAGGCAUGGACAGAAGCCUCAAGUUCUACAGCCUGUAGGCCCUGGCCCUUCUGAUGGAAGCUGGGCCUCAUCUCAGUAGAGGGGUAGAAUUAGGGUUUGGCGGGGGGGCUCUGUGGGGUGGGACAUUCACAUCAUUUCACUCUGGUCUGAGUGGUGGCCUGCGAACCAUGGUGGCAUGGACCACCCUCAUCCAUGCACCUCCAGGCCCUAUGGGAACGGAUGUGGAAGGAAGAACUGUCACCCUCUAAAGGCCCAGGGCCUCUCCCUUCCUGUCGUCCAGUGGACGCGGUGGUGGCUGUUCCACACCCAUUUUGUUGCAGUUCUGUGAGACAGGAGAGGCUGAGCCAAGGGAACUGUGAAGGGGAUGGGCAGGAGGGCUGUGCAGGGUUUUGUAAGCAGCGAUCUAGUUUCAUUAAAAAAAGAAAACAAUAAACAUAACCACCUCCCUGUGUCUGUGUGUACCAGGAGCGCCCAGGGCUGGGAAGGUCAAGGGGAGGGAGCACACACUGGGGCACUGGCUUCCGGGAAGCCCGUCUUCCUUUCCUUUCACAGCUCUUACCCUUUUUUUUUUUUUUUUUUAAUUGCACAGCAGAGAUAAAAACAAAUCUGCAGUUGAAA